UGUUUGCUGUUGUUGUGUAGUGUAGUAUGUGUCCAGAUUGCAUGGAUGCAUACUUUUGUGGUUAUAAGACUCAACACACCACCACUUCACUUCUUCAAGGAUCACUCUUAAAUAUUCCCAGUGAAACAUUUUAUUUUUCUUCAGUUUCUGCUUCAUUUUGCUGCUACUAAUUAACUCAGGUGUUUAUCCAAACAUGAGGAGCCAAAUUCUUUGGCUUGCCUUCAGUUUAUGGGCUUUAACAGGCUCACUUCUUGCAUCUGGCUCUAAUGGCUUAAUGAGAAUAAGUUUGAAGAAGCGACCUCUGGAUCUUGAUAGCAUUAAUGCUGCCAGAAUUGCAAGGCAAGAGAGAAUUUCUAGAAUUGGUUCAAAUAGUCUGGCUUAUAGUCCAGAACCAGACAUGGUUCCUCUUAAAAACUACUUAAAUGCUCAAUAUUUUGGAGAAAUUGGAAUCGGAUCUCCACCGCAGAAUUUCACUGUCAUAUUUGAUACUGGAAGUUCCAAUCUCUGGAUUCCAUCUGCCAAAUGCUACUUUUCUCUUGCCUGCUAUUUUCAUUCUAGGUACAAGUCAAGUCGGUCCACUUCAUAUAUCAAGAAUGGAACUACUUGUGAAAUACAUUAUGGAACUGGAUCAAUUGUUGGCUUCUUUAGUCAAGAUAGUGUUGCAGUUGGAAAUAUCUUAGUAAAAGAUCAAGAUUUUAUCGAAGCGACACGAGAGGGAAGCCUAACAUUUGUCUUAGCUAAAUUUGAUGGAAUAUUUGGACUUGGAUUUCAAGAAAUCUCAGUUGAAAAUUCUGUUCCAGUGUGGUACAAUAUGUUGCAGCAAGGUCUUGUAGGUGAUCCCGUCUUUUCGUUCUGGCUCAACACAGAUCCAAAGGCCACAGAAGGCGGAGAGCUCGUAUUUGGCGGUGUUGAUAGCAGACACUAUAAGGGGAGACAUACCUUUGUUCCUGUUACACAGAAAGGUUACUGGCAGUUCGAUAUGGGAGAUUUUCUGAUUGGAAACCGUUCAACAGGUGUUUGUGAAAAUGGCUGUGCUGCAAUUGUUGAUUCAGGAACAUCCUUACUUGCUGGUCCAACAGCUAUCGUGACUGAAAUCAACCAUGCCAUUGGAGCCGAAGGGAUUGUUAGUGCAGAGUGUAAGCAAGUAGUUUCGCAGUACGGAAAUUUAAUCUGGGAUCUAUUAACAUCAGGGGUGCAGCCUGAUAAAGUAUGUUCAGAGCUUGGUCUAUGCAUAUUGAAAAGGGAUAGGUAUGCAACAAUGGAAUUGAAUCAGUUGUUGAGAAGGAAAAAAAUCAAAGGAUCAUCUGUCGGGGACGAUGUCCUUUGCAGUGCCUGUGAGAUGCUUGUCAUUUGGGUUCAGAAUCAACUUAAACAUAAGGAAGCAAAGGAUGCAGCACUCGAAUACGUAAAUAAGUUAUGUGACAGCCUGCCGAGCCCAAUGGGAGAGUCAGUGAUCGAUUGCGGUCGCGUUAAUGGCAUGCCGAACAUUUUCUUUACCAUUGGAAAUGCACAUUUCCAGCUCACUCCAGACCAGUACAUUUUGAAAACCGGAGAAGGUGUUGCUUCCGUCUGUAUCAGCGGAUUCGCGGCUCUAGAUGUUGCUCCUCCGAGAGGUCCACUUUGGAUUCUUGGAGAUGCUUUCAUGAGAGUGUACCACACAGUGUUCGACUUCGGUAACCUCAAACUGGGUUUUGCCCAGGCCGCUUAGAUGUAAAUUCAUGUUAAGUUACAAUAUUGUAUUCAGAUCUUCCUGAGGGAAUUGUUGUAGACUAAUGAACCAGAUUAUGGAUUGUAAAAAAGUUCAUCAACGUUUAUGUGUUAUGAUAAUAAAACAAGUAUUCAAGAAAAUCAA